UCGUCCGACGCACACUCACCCUCGCCUUUUAUUCUCGGGACAGCGAACCGGGGACUUUUAACUCUUAACUCUAUUCAACCAGCUCCUGUGUGCGUGUGCAUCGGCCAGAUGGAGGACUACCACAAACCAGACCAGCAGACUGUGCAGGCGCUCAGGAACAUCGCCACCCGGCUCCGGAUCAACUCCAUCAAGGCGACAACUGCAGCGGGCAGCGGUCAUCCCACAUCAUGUUGCAGCGCAGCAGAGGUCAUGUCUGUGCUCUUCUUUCAUACCAUGAAGUACCGACCUGAAGACCCCCGGAACCCCAACAACGACCGUUUCAUCCUCUCCAAGGGUCAUGCAGCUCCUGUGUUGUACGCCGUGUGGGCAGAGACCGGCUACCUGAAGGAGAACGAGCUCUUCAACCUGCGCAAGGUUGACUCUAUCCUGGAAGGUCACCCAGUGCCGAAGCAGCAGUUUGUGGAUGUGGCCACUGGAUCUCUGGGUCAGGGCCUGGGAGCUGCCUGCGGGAUGGCGUACACCGGGAAGUACUUUGACAAGGCCAGCUACCGGGUGUUCUGCCUGCUGGGUGACGGAGAGCUGUCCGAGGGCUCAGUGUGGGAGGCCAUGGCUUUCGCCUCCUUCUACCAGUUGGACAACCUGGUGGCCAUCUUGGACAUCAACCGCCUGGGUCAGAGCGAACCGACUCCGCUGCAGCACCAUGUGGAGAAGUACCAGCGGCGCUGCGAGGCCUUCGGGUGGCAGGCUGUCAUCGUGGACGGCCACAGUGUGGAGGAGCUGUGUAAGGUGCUGAGUCAGCCCCGCCACCAGCCACUUGCCAUCAUCGCCAAGACCAUUAAGGGCAAGGGCAUGUCAGUGGCUGAGGAUAAGAUGGGCUGGCACGGCAAACCCCUGCCCAAAGACAUGGCCGAGAGCAUGAUCAAGGAGCUGCAGGGCCGCAUCGUCAGCUGCAGCAAGCGUCUGUACCCUGCUCCCCCGAUCGAGGACGCGUCGCCCGUCAGCCUCCGCAACAUCCGCAUGCCCAGCGCACCCAGCUACAAAUCUGGAGAAAAGAUGGCCACGAGGAAGGCGUACGGCAUGGCUCUGGCCAAGCUGGGUCGCUACAACGAGCACGUGGUGGCUCUGGACGGAGACACCAAGAACUCCACCUUCGCCGAGCUCUUCAAGAACGAACACCCCAACCGCUACGUGGAGUGUUACAUCGCAGAGCAGAACAUGGUGAGCGUGGCGAUGGGUUGUGCCGUGCGCGACCGUAACGUGGUGUUCGCCAGCACCUUCGCCACCUUCUUCUCUCGAGCCUACGACCAGCUGCGCAUGGCCGCCAUCUCUGAGAGCAACAUCAACCUCUGCGGCUCCCACUGCGGGGUCUCCAUUGGGGAGGACGGACCCUCUCAGAUGGGUCUGGAGGAUCUGGCCAUGUUCAGAGCCCUUCCCACCGCGACCGUCUUCUACCCGAGCGACGGUGUCUCCACUGAGAAGGCCGUGGAGCUCGCCGCCAACACAAAGGGUUUGUGUUACAUCCGAACAAGUCGCCCAGAGAACAACAUCAUCUAUAACUGCAAUGAAGACUUCCAUGUUGGUCAGGCAAAGGUUGUGUACAAAACCAACGAUGAUCAUGUGACCGUGGUCGGCGCAGGAGUGACCCUUCAUGAGGCUCUGGCUGCUGCUGAGAUGCUGAAGAAAGAGAGAAUCAACAUCCGUGUGAUCGACCCUUUCACCAUCAAACCCCUGGACUCCAAGACCAUCAUUGACAACGCCAGGGCAACCAGAGGACGCAUCAUCACAGUGGAGGACCACUACUAUGAAGGUGGUCUGGGCGAGGCUGUGUGCUCGGCUGUCGUCAACGAAACCGGCUUCACCGUCCAGCGCCUGGCAGUGUCCCAGGUGCCACGCAGCGGAAAGCCCCAGGAGCUGCUCCGGAUCUUUGGCAUUGACCGUGACGCCAUCGUUCAGGCGAUCCGUAAAAUGCUCAGCACCUCCGCCAACGCCAAGUGAGAACACUGCGGCCGGGGCUGCAGCUGCAACAACAUGGUCGAGGACUCUGUGGUAAACUGGUGGUUAUCAUGGAGGCAACAGACACCCAAGCCGACACAGGAGGAGAAGCUCUUGUGGCCCACGUACGCUCUCCUCCCCCUAAAGCUAUCUGAAGCAUUUGUCUGAAAAAAAAAAAAAAAAAGAUGCCAUUGUUUUUUUCUCUCUCUGUCUGUCACCGAUGUGAUUCGGCAACCCCACCUCAGAGUUUUGCCCCAUGCGUUUGUGAUUUCGGUAAACACACCUCCGCCCCUUCAAACACGUACACAAAUACACAAAUACACAAAAGCACACAAACACACAACACACACUGUAUGUCCACACCUGCUCCCUCUGACCCUUCCUACCUCCCAGAGAGAGAGUGAUCUGGUGCUACUCUAGUGUCUCAGUAAAAGCAGUGAACGUGGUGUGGAGUCUUUUUUUUUAUCAUUUCUGUGGAUCCCCUCUCACUUCUUAGGUGCAGCAUUUCAAACGUCUGCACCCAGUACGACUUUGUAACCUCCCCCCCCCCCCCCCC